GAGAAAUGAGAUGUCCUUCAACAUGGCGAGCUGAAAUUCAUUUCCGGGUCACUACCGGAGGACCGAGGAGUCGAGGAGGGGGAUUUGAUGAAAUGAGAAAGGGCCUUGGUGUAUGUCUCCAGUGUUUGCCUGCUAUGUGCUGCUGACUAACACAUUGUGUUCAGAAGCAGUUAGCCGUUUUAGGUAGUUGACACAUCUCUCAGAUCAGAUGUUUUCUGUUUUCAAUGAGAUGAAACUGUAGUGAUAAUGUUUAUACAGCAUCAAUCUCAGUGUUUAUUGUUGUGAUGACCUCAGAUCAGCUGCUUCAGACGAUCCAGUCCUGUUAUUGAGUGUGAUAUCUGUUUAUCCACUCUCUUGAGAAAUCUUCACCUCUUAGUGCUAUGUAACUCAGCUCCAGCCCCAAAAACCUUUUUUUAUCUUUCAGAAAAUGCAUUAACAAGCUCUGUAGUAUUUUUUCAUCAUCAGUUCCUAAAUAACAGCAUAAUUCAUGAGUCAACACUUCAUUGCCUUUUAAAGCUUGACAGCAGCAAGUUUGAGUGGGAAGUGAAACUCACAAUAACGACUCAGCGAUUACAUUCUGCCCUAAAAAAACGUUUACCUUAUUAGACAAAUCUACCUCAUAUCACUUAUAGCAGCUAUUUCAUUACUUUUUUAAUUACGUUCACUCUAUUAGACCUGCAAUGUGUCUUAUUCUUGAUCAACGUGCUGAUUAUUUAUUAUUAUUAUUAUUAUUAUUUAUUUUUAAGAUUUGUCUACACCAUGUCUGUGAAAAUCACUUAUAAAGGCAAAAGUGACUUAAUAUUACAAUUUCAAUCCAACCAACAAUCCCCAAACCCAAAUAUAUUCAAACAUACUUAAACAAUGUAAAAAGCAUCAAUCCAGAUGUGAUGCCCCUGUGGGUUCAUCUAGAGAGGGUGUGGCUGUGCUGUCUGUGCUGUCUUGAUUGCCUUGAUUGCAGUAACUCAGGGCACCUGGGUCUGGUGCCCUGCAGCUAUUUAACGCCUCUGCUCCUCUCUGUCUGCCCUCUCUGCUUUCCCCUACAGGCACCUGGUUUCGGUUCCAGUUUAAUAAAGAGACAAACUCAUGCUGAGCUCCAUCAUCACUCUCCCUCUGCAGUGAAUCCAUCCCGAGCAUCAGUAACUCUGAGUGCCAUGCCGCUACCCGAUGGCAACUCCAUCAACACGGCCCCUUUGGACAAAGGCGAGGACACUGAACCCCUCAUCGACAAUGAUCCAAUUCCUCCUCAGUGCUGCUCGGCGCGCCUCAACCUGGCCUUCCUGAUGUUCUGCGGGUUCUCCAUGGUCUACGGGCUCCGUGUCAACCUCAGUGUUGCCAUGGUAGCCAUGGUGAAUACCACUGAACCCAAACCAGCCCUGAACAGCUCGGUGGUCUCUGCCUGUCCACUGCCACCCGGAGGGGACAACAGCAGCAACUCUUUCCAUCAACCUGCAGGGGUAACAAUCCCCCAGUACCCCUGGGACUCGGAGACUCAGGGCUGGCUGCUGGGGGCCUUCUUCUUCGGAUACCUGUGCACACAGAUCCCGGGGGGCUACCUGUCGGAUCACUAUGGGGGGAGUAUCUUCCUGGGUGUCGGGGUGCUGGUCACUGCCUUCCUCACGCUGCUCACCCCUCUGGCUGCUCAGAUGGGGUCCCACUGGCUGUUUGCACUACGAGUGCUGGAAGGCAUCGCGGAGGGAGUGACGUUCCCGGCCAUGAUGUCGAUGUGGGCUCGCUGGGCUCCCCCUCCGGAGCGCUCUCGCCUGAUAACCCUGUCGGCGUCUGGGGGAAGCUUUGGGGCCUUCAUUGUUCUGCCUCUCACCGGCCUCAUCUCCCAAAGCUUAGGCUGGCCGGCUGUCUUCUACCUCUGUGGUGUUGCUGGUUGCCUCUGGGCAGUCGUCUGGUUUAUCUUCGUAUCUGAUGACCCUCGCACCGACCGUCGAAUCAGCAAGGAGGAGAGAGAUUACAUCAUAAAAUCCAUUGGAUCUCAGGGUACAAGUCAUGGCUGGUCCAUUCCCCUGCUGUCCAUGUCCAUGUCGGUCCCUCUGUGGGCCAUCACCAUCACCCAGAUGUGUUCCAACUGGUCCUACUACACCCUGCUCACCUCCCUGCCCACCUACAUGGACAACGUCAUGCACUUUGACAUCAAAUCAAAUGGUUUCCUGUCCGCUCUGCCGUACCUCGGGGGCUGGCUGAUGUCGAUGCUGUCGGGUGUGGUGGCAGACAGCCUCAUCGAGAGGGAGGUGUUCAGCAUCACCGUCGUACGCAAGCUCUUCACACUAUUAGGUCUGAUGCUCCCGGCAGCUUUCCUCGUGGCUGUGAGUUUCGCUGGCUGCAACCAUAUCCUCACCGUCACCUUCCUCACGCUCUCCACCACCCUUGGAGGCUUCACCGCCCCCGGGGUCAAUAUCAACCAGAUAGACAUCGCUCCACGAUAUGCAGGAUUCCUUUUGGGAAUCAGCAACACUUUCGGGACCAUUCCUGGAGUCCUGGCCCCGAUUGCUACAGGAUACUUCACUGAGGGUCACACCAUGGCGGGCUGGAUGAAGGUGUUCUGGGUGUCAGCGGGGAUCAACGUGGGGGGGGCUCUCGUCUACACCAUAUUUGGCAGCGGGGAGAUCCAGCCGUGGGCCAAUACCGAGGACGAGAGAGCAGAGAUUGAGAAAGAAAGGAGCAUGUCAAUCGCUACAUAAAACAUAAACACUCAGACCAAUACAAACAACAUCACAAACAAAAGGGGCACACGCGGUACAGCUUUGAAAGACUGUUGGGUACAUUUUAACCCAGAAAAACAUAGAGUUCUACUCUCUCAAUGUAUACCAAAUAUAGGAAUGCAAUAUUCACUUCACAACUAUGAAGAAUGGAACGUUUACUGACGAAAUGUAAUGGUUGACCAGGAUAGUUUCAUGGAGAACUUUUAUCAAUACUAUUUUAGAACACGUAUUCUCAGGUGAGCAUUUGAACUCUUUUGUACUAUAAACCCAGCAAAGACUAUAAGCAGUUUUAUACAUCAACAUCUAACUUUACGCACAUUUAAGUAUGAUUUGCUGGAUAUUCACUGCCUUUACUAAUACAUUAGGAAUCAGGGAUACUUGUUCACUUAUACUGUAUACUGUUGGAAAAACUCACAUGAGCAUUUAUAUUACAUGAACUGUACAGCACCUCAGGUGAGACCAAAACAAAUGUGGGUGAUCUUGUUGUGGGAUUUUAUAAGAUUUCUUUAGCUAUAAAUGAAAUGGGACCAUUUGUUUUAUGAAGCAACCAGACGUAUGACGAAAAAGGAUGAAGUGCUUUUAAACCCUGUAAUUUCAGCUGCUUUGUUCACAGCUGUGUCUGUUUUCAAACGGACCAAAAGAAUCACUUUCCACACAGAAUAAUACACCAAAAGCCUUUUACUUGACGUAAAUGAUCUUUCUAGAGGUGUUUUAUAAUCCAAUCCAGAUUCCAGGAAGUGCCAAGAACUUUGACUUGCCAAUAGAAUUAUGUUUCAUAGAAGAAUAUGUGGAUUUGACGUGUUUUUAAUCCGUCAGCCUUUCUUUGACUUGUGGCGUUUGUUAAAAGUGCACUCUGAUUGUAAAAAUAUGAUUUAAACAGAUGCAAUAAUGUAUUUAACUUCUCUGUAUUGAAAAUGUGUGAGAUGUACAAAUAUGUUAAAUAUGUUUACUUAAUAUUUUAUUGGGUAAAUGAUCAAGUUUGUUUACAGAGCAAAACUAAAAUCUGUCAAAUCUGA